AUGUCGUAUGCUUCUGAGAAGAGUUUAGGAAAGAACAAUGCAACAGACUCCCCUCCUUCAAAUAUGAGGAGGGGAGGUGUUGCCAACUCAGCUCCAAUCAGACUCGUGAAUGGCCCCAACCGCUGCACGGGGCGGCUUGAGGUGCUUUGGAAUCAGCAGUGGGGAACGGUGUGUGAUGACAGCUGGGAUCUAUCCGAUGCCACGGUUGUAUGCAGGCAGUUGGAGUGUGGGGAAGCACUGUCAGCUCCUGGCUUGGCUCAGUUUGGCCAAGGAACUGGUCGUAUCUGGCUGGAUGACAUGAAUUGCAAUGGUACAGAAGUUGACCUUUCUGCAUGCAGGACCAGACCCUGGGGGGAGCACAACUGCAAUCAUGGAGAAGACGCAGGCGUUGUGUGCUCAGGACUUAAUAAAACAGUUCCGCUACGAUUAGUGAAUGGUACAAGUCACUGUUCUGGGAGAGUGGAGGUCUUUUAUGGUCAUCAAUGGGGAACUGUCUGUGAUGACAACUGGGAUAUAGUUGAUGCUGAAGUUGUAUGCCGGCAGCUGGGCUGUGGGACAGCCCUAUCUGCUCCUUCCUCGGCUUAUUUUGGGAGAGGCUCUGAACCCAUUUGGCUUGAUGAGGUUAUCUGCAGAGGAACUGAAGCUGCCCUGUCUGAAUGCAGUGCAAAGCCUUGGGGACUCCAUGACUGUGUGCACGGAGAAGAUGCUGGUGUUGUGUGCUCAGGCUUUGCAAAACCUGCCCCGCUCCGAUUAGUGGAUGGCUUGACCCCCUGCUCUGGGAGAAUUGAGGUGUUUUAUGGCCAACGUUGGGGAACAGUGUGUGAUGAUGACUGGGACUUGAUUGAUGCAGAAGUUGUGUGCAGGCAGCUAGGCUGUGGGAAGGCCUUGUCAGCUCCCCAUGGGGCUUACUUUGGACAAGGAUCUGACCCCAUCUGGCUUGAUGAUGUCAACUGCACGGGGACAGAAGCUGCUCUCUCCGAAUGCAUGGCCACUCCCUGGGGAAUCCAUAACUGUGGGCAUGGAGAAGAUGCUGGUGUGGUUUGUGCAGAUACAGGAUUUGCUGAGCUGUUUCCAGUCCGGCUGGUGAAUGGUUCAAAUUCCUGCUCUGGGAGAGUCGAGGUGUUUCAUGAGCAGCAGUGGGGGACCGUCUGCGAUGACAGCUGGGAUUUGGCAGAUGCUCAAGUGGUGUGCAGGCAGCUGGGCUGUGGGGCGGCGAUCUCGGCCCCUGGCUCUGCUCGGUUUGGGCAAGGAACUGGCCAAAUUUGGCUGGAUGAUGUGAACUGUGCAGGAGCUGAAACUGUCCUCACAGAGUGCCGGGCCAAGCCUUGGGGAGACCACAACUGUAACCACAAAGAAGAUGCUGCUGUGGAGUGUUCAGAAGCAGCUCCCAUCCGGCUUGUGAAAGGUCCCAGUCAUUGUGCUGGUAGAGUUGAGGUGUUUCAUGACCAACAGUGGGGAACCGUGUGUGAUGAUGGCUGGGACAUAGCUGAUGCCAACGUCGUGUGCAGGCAGCUGGGCUGUGGAGCAGCACUGUCAGCCCCUGGCUCAGCUCGCUUUGGAGAAGGCUCUGACCCCAUCUGGCUGGAUGACGUGAAUUGUAUAGGAACUGAGGCUGCCCUCUCUGAAUGCCAGUUCCAGCCUUGGGGAUCCCAUAACUGCAGACACGGAGAAGACGCUGGUGUGGUAUGCUCAGGUACAGAUAUACCAAGAGUAGCUCCACUCCGAUUAAUGGAUGGGCCAAAUCGUUGCAGUGGGAGAGUUGAAGUUUUUUAUGGCCAGCAGUGGGGAACCGUGUGUGGUGACAGCUGGGAUAUAAGAGAUGCAGAAGUCGUUUGCCAGCAGCUGGGCUGUGGGAAAGCGCUAUCCACUCCAGCCUCUGCUUAUUUUGGAGAAGGGUCUGGCCCUAUCUGGUUGGAUGAUGUGAAUUGCACAGGAACUGAAACUGCCCUUUCCAAAUGUGAGACCAGUCUAUGGGGAGCCCAUAACUGUAGUCACGGAGAUGAUGCUGGUGUUGUGUGCUUGGGUGUUCCAGAACCAGUCCCAGUCCGGCUGGUGAAUGGUUCGAACUUCUGCUCUGGGAGAGUCGAGGUGUUUCAUGAGCAGCAGUGGGGGACCGUCUGUGAUGACAGCUGGGAUUUGGCAGAUGCUCAAGUGGUGUGCAGGCAGCUGGGCUGUGGAGCAGUGAUCUCAGCCCCUGGCUCUGCUCGGUUUGGGCAAGGAACUAGCCAAAUUUGGCUGGAUGAUGUGAACUGUGCAGGAGCCGAAACUGCCCUCUCUGAUUGCAAGGCACGGUCCUGGGGAGACCACAACUGUAACCACAAAGAAGAUGCUGGUGUGUUCUGCUCAGGUGUUGCAGAAGCAGCUCCCAUCCGGCUUGUGAACGGCUCAAGUCCUUGUGCUGGUAGAGUUGAGGUGUUUCAUGACCAACAGUGGGGAACCGUGUGUGAUGAUGGCUGGGACACAGCUGACGCCAGCGUCGUGUGCAGGCAGCUGGGCUGUGGAGCAGCACUGUCAGCCCCUGGCUCAGCUCGCUUUGGAGAAGGCUCUGACCCCAUCUGGCUGGAUGACGUGAAUUGGAUUGCAGAAACAGCUCCUCUCCGGCUGGUGAACGGCCCUACUCGUUGUGCUGGGAGAGUUGAGGUGCUUCAGAGCCAGCGGUGGGGAACAGUGUGCGAUGACAACUGGGACCUGAGCGAUGCUGCAGUGGUGUGCCAGCAGCUGGGCUGUGGGACGGCCAUGUCAGCCCCAGGAUCCGCUUAUUUUGGGCAAGGUUAUGGCCGUAUCUGGCUGGAUGAUGUGAAAUGCUCCGGCAGAGAAUCAGCCCUCUCCAAGUGUGUGGUGGGAUCUAAACCUCACAGAUCUUCCAGAGUGGAGAAGACGGACAAUAGUGCCAGCCGACAUGUGUACGACAUUUAUUCAACCCAAACCAAAGUGAUCCUUGAAGGCCAAAGAGCAUGCAGUACAGAAGCAAAUCCCUGA